AUGGCCAGUACGACGAGUCGCUUACCUCCUUUGGCUCGGGGUGUCAUCCAAGGAUUUCCAGCAAGUGGGAAGGCGGCCCUUGUGAGGGCAUCGCGACCGAUUUGCACUUCUGCUGGCCGGUUCCGAGGCGCUCAGGGGCUGCUGCCACCUCCGCGGCACACACCUCUCAUCCGCUGCUGCCCAACACCAGCAGCGCAGUACUCACCUUUCACCACCUCGCCUCGCCCGCCUGAUGCUGCCGGCCACGAAUCCCACCACUCCAAGUGGCGGCCUCCCUCCGACGAGAGCCUCGAUCAGCGGCCCGUGCUGGUGGUCGGCGCAGGCAACAUCGGGCGGCGCGUGGCGCUCGUCUGGGCGUCCAACGGCCGCCCGGUGACCAUCUACGACAUCUCCCCGGACGCGCUGCACUCGGCGGUCGAGUACAUCACCGACAACCUGGGCUCCUUCUGCGCGCAGCGCGGCACGCACCCGGGCCACGUGAGCACGACGGCGGACCUGCGCACGGCGACCAGCACGUCGGGCCGGCCGGAUCGCGACUCGUCGGGGGCCGUCACGGCGCAGGAGCACACGCGGGCGCCCUGGAUGGCCAUCGAGUGCCUGCCCGAGUCGCUGCCGCUCAAGACGUCGGUGCUGGCGCUGCUCGAGCGCUCGCUGCCCGCCGACUGCAUCCUGGCGUCCAACAGCAGCAGCCUGACCGCCGCCGAGAUGGCGGCCGAGGGCCCGCUCGCGUUCCCGCACCGCCUGCUCAACACGCACUACUUCAUCCCGCCGCGCAACCGCAUGGUCGAGCUCAUGUCGUCGGGCGUCACCCAGGCCGCCAUCUUCCCCUUCCUGGCCGGGCAGAUGCGCCGCGUCGGCUUCGUGCCCGUCGUCGUGCCGCGCGACAUCCAGUCGCGCGGCUUCGUCUUCAACCGCAUCUGGGCCGCCUGCAAGCGGGAGACGCUGGCCGUGCUGGCCGAGGGCGUGGCCCGGCCGGCCGACGUGGACGCGCUGUUCAGGGACUUCUUCCAUGCCGAGAAGGGCCCCUGCGAGCGCAUGGACGAGGUCGGCCUGGAUACCGUCGCCAGAGUCGAGCAGCACGAUCUGGAGCGCCGGCCGGGCCUGGGCAGCGAGCCGGCCCUGGCGUGGUUGCGGACGAAUUAUGUCGAGCGGGGGAAGCUGGGGGAGAAGAGCGGCGACGGGCUGUUCACGGCCGACGAGAGGGACCAGCUGAAGGAAAAGCACCAUUUGGAAAAGUACAAGGACGUUGAGGAGACGUCGGGUGCCUGA